GUGUGGCAAUGCUAUGUAUUGUUGAAAGCUGAAUUUUCAUUGUGAGUGGAGGUGGAAGGAAAAAACGUUCAAUUGCAGCAUAUUGGACAAUGUCGUUCCAAAAGCAGCUUCGUGAGCUUUUAAAGCCGUAUUAUUGGAUAAAUAUUUUUCUUUCAAUUUCAUAUGUACUCGCGAAAAAAUUGGUUCCAUUAUGUGGAAAACUUUUUAAGCAUCGCGGAGAAGAUAUGUGCGAAUUGGAUAGCCGUGAAACCGAGAUUUUAUUUUUUCUACUAAUUGUGGUUAUGAUACGGUCACGCAAAACAGGAAGCGUCACGAUGGUUAAUUACCUGUCUGCGUCUUUCCUCUACACAAAGGUGGCGAAUGCCAUUCUUUGGGCUUACAGUGAUUUUCGGUACGGCAUUGGUUUCUUUUUAUUGUGCGUAUUAGUCAGUACUGUAUUGCCAGAACCAUCUUACAGUGGUCCUGAACACAUAAUCUACUUUCGUAAUAUGCAUACUUUUGAAGAAGAAUUGGUUCGAGACAAACGAAUAAAUUGGAUGAUUUGUUUCUAUACAGUAUGGAAUCCAAGCUGCGUAAAUUUUGCUCCCAUUUUCGCUGAACUUUCCGCCGAAUACAAUUUGGAAAAUUUGAAGUUUGGCAAAGUGGACAUUGGCCGUUUUCCAGAUGUAGCACAAAAAUAUCGAAUAUCUGAUAGCAGUUUUUCACGUCAAUUGCCAACAGUUAUAUGUUUUAAAAAUGGAAAAGAAGUGGAACGGCGGCCAUGCGUAGAUGCAAAAGGAAAGUUACAAAAAUUUUUUUUCUCAGCGGAUAAUAUACGUGCCGCAUUUGGCUUGAACCAGCUUUAUAAAGAAUGUGUCGAGAAUUCCAUAAAGAAGCCCAAGCAGAUGAUCACCACUGCAACCACAGCAGUAAAAAAAUCACAAUAGAUGCGUUCCCUCAACAGUUUAAUCUAUAUAAGAUGAACGACCCGGAUUUACAUCUGGUCAAGGGCUGUCACAUCAGCACUAAAUAAAGACAAAAUAACUAAAAACCA